ACCUUUUCAGACGAGCAACAAAAGUCCCAAACUACAGCCCUGUUCUAGGCGUCCGAAAUAGCUGAGCAGGCAAGGCCAGACUAUUGAUGAUGAGCAGUCCGUGAAGUCACGACAAUCAAUCCUCAGGACCUGCGAAUCUGCGAACAUGUCGUCCCCUUCAAUGCUCACAAAGUUUGAGAGCAAAAGCAGUCGUGCUAAGGGCCUUGCUUUCCACCCGAGACGACCAUGGAUCCUCGUCAGCUUGCACAGCAGUACCAUACAACUAUGGGAUUAUCGUAUGGGCACACUGAUUGACCGGUUUGAAGAGCACGAUGGACCUGUGCGUGGGAUCGACUUCCACAAGACUCAGCCACUGUUCGUUUCGGGAGGAGACGACUACAAGAUUAAAGUGUGGUCAUACCAAACAAGAAGAUGUCUCUUCACACUCAACGGCCACCUUGACUACGUUCGGACAGUCUUCUUUCAUCACGAAUUGCCCUGGAUCCUAUCCGCUUCAGAUGACCAGACAAUCAGAAUCUGGAAUUGGCAAAAUCGAUCAUUGAUUUGCACAAUGACCGGCCACAACCAUUAUGCCAUGUGUGCGCAAUUUCACCCCAAAGAAGACCUCAUUGUUUCCGCCUCUCUAGAUCAAUCAGUUAGGGUAUGGGACAUCUCAGGCUUGCGAAAGAAACACUCCGCUCCAACAUCAAUGAGCUUCGAGGAUCAGAUGGCACGCGCGAACCAGCAACAAGCUGAUAUGUUUGGAAACACCGAUGCAGUGGUCAAAUUUGUGCUUGAAGGUCACGAUCGAGGUGUCAACUGGGUCGCAUUCCAUCCAACUCUACCUUUGAUCGUCUCAGCUGGUGAUGACCGCCUCGUCAAGUUGUGGAGAAUGAGCGAAACAAAAGCCUGGGAAGUGGACACCUGUCGUGGACAUUUCCAGAACGUAUCUGCAUGUCUGUUUCAUCCACAUCAAGACCUGAUCUUGUCAGUGGGAGAAGACAAGACAGUCCGAGUUUGGGACCUGAACAAGAGAACCUCCGUCCAAUCCUUCAAGAGAGAGAAUGAUCGGUUCUGGGUAAUAGCCGCUCACCCCGAGAUCAAUCUAUUCGCUGCCGGACAUGAUAAUGGAGUUAUGGUCUUCAAACUUGAACGGGAGCGACCAGCGUCCUCGGUCUACCAAAACCAGCUAUUCUACAUCACCAAGGACAAGCAUGUACGGUCUUAUGAUUUUACCAAGAACGUCGAGUCACCUUCUCUGCUCUCACUUAGAAAGUUUGGCAGCAAUUGGGUGCCUCCGCGUACGCUUUCAUACAACCCAGCCGAACGGUCGAUACUCGUCACCUCGCCAACGGACAGUGGCACCUACGAAUUGAUCGGCCUUCCCAGAGAUGCCACUGGUGCCUCCGACCCGACGGAUAUAAAGCGUGGCUCAGGAACUGCCGCAGUUUUUGUUGCUCGUAACCGAUUUGCAGUCUUCAACAGCUCAACACAGCUUGUUGAGAUCAAAGACCUGAGCAAUUCAACCACCAAGUCUUUCAGCGCACCACCUGGCACCACUGACAUCACAUAUGGCGGAACCGGGUGUCUGCUUCUCCUGACUCCUACGAAUGUCGUCCUGCAUGAUAUUCAACAAAAGAAGCAAUUGGCAGAGCUCAGCGUGACUGGGGUCAAGUAUGUGUCUUGGUCGAAUGACGGGUUGUACGCAGCAUUGCUUAGCAAGCACAACGUCACUAUCGUCAACAAAAAUCUCGAGCAAGUCAGCACGCUGCACGAAACAAUCAGAAUAAAGAGCGCAACUUGGGACGAUUCAGGCGUGCUGCUCUAUUCGACGUUGAACCACAUCAAGUACACUCUCCUGAACGGUGACAAUGGCAUCUUGAGGACUUUAGACCAGACCGUCUACCUGGUCAAGGUAAAGGGCCGUAAUGUUUACUGUCUUGAUCGAUCUGCCAAACCAAAAGUUCUCAGUAUCGAUCCCACCGAGUAUCGCUUCAAGCUUGCCCUUGUCAAGCGAAACUACGACGAAAUGCUUCAGAUCAUCAAGAAUUCAAGCCUCGUCGGUCAAAGCAUCAUCGCCUAUGUGCAGAAGAAAGGUUACCCCGAGAUAGCGCUUCAGUUCGUUCAAGAUCCUCAGACCAGAUUCGAGCUUGCUAUCGAAUGUGGAAACCUAGAGGUUGCAACCGAGAUGGCUAAAGAGCUUGACAGACCGAAGAUCUGGACACGCCUCGGCGCCGAAGCUUUGAUUCAUGGGAACCACCAAACGGUCGAGAUGACCUACCAGAAGCUCCGUAACUUUGACAAACUUUCAUUCCUGUACCUUUGCACAGGUGAUGAGGAGAAGCUUACCAGGAUGGCCAAAAUCGCUGAGCACCGUGGGGACUUCGUUUCUCGCUUCCAAAAUGCUCUCUACCUCGGUGACGUGGAAACUCGCAUCCAGAUGUUCAAAGAAAUCGAUCUAUAUCCUCUGGCAUAUCUGACAGCCAAAACACACGGCUUGAGAGAGGAAUGCCAGUCCAUUCUCGAGCUAUGUGGUCUGACAGAAGAUCAAAUCUCAAUGCCCGAAAGCGGCCAAGCUCUUUCACCUCCAAAAGUUAUUGCUCCUACAUACAAGGCCAAUUGGCCCGUCAAGGAGGCCUCUCAUUCCUCGUUUGAGAAAGCUCUGCUUGGUGAGGUCAGUGGCGCUGUGGAAGACGAGACAAGCCCCGAUCUGUUGAACGAAGAUGUUCCUGUCAUUGCAGAUGGCACUGGAUUGGCGGUAGAGGACGAAGCAGACGCCGUUGAAGGCUGGGACAUGGGUGACGACAUUGGCCUUGACACUGCGGGGGAUGAGUCUGAGUUUGUCAAUGUUGACAAUCCGGAUGCUCCAGUCGAGGCCGCCGGUCCCGGUAGCUCGGAAGCCGAUAUGUGGGCGCGCAACUCUCCGCUGGCCGCCGACCAUGUCGCGGCUGGGUCUUUCGAAAGUGCCAUGCAAUUACUCAACCGGCAGAUCGGCGCCGUCAACUUCGCCCCUCUCAAGCCAAGAUUCCUCGAAAUCUACCAAGCUUCGAGGACAUUCCUGCCUGGCAAUGCUGGUCUAUCCCCUAUGCUGAACUACGUUCGCCGCAACAUCGAUGAGACAGACAGUCGGAAGCUGCUUCCCAUCAUCCCCAAAGGUCUUGACACAUUAAGUACUGUUGAUUUGCAGGAAGGUUACACUGCCAUGCGAACAAACAAGCUCGAAAACGGUGUCCUCACAUUCCAAAACAUCUUGCAAUCUCUUCUGGUCAAUGUUGUCAGCUCGGAGCCACAAGUUGACGAAGCAAAAGCUCUCAUUGCCAAGUGUAUGGAGUAUACGCUUGCUAUGAGUAUUGAGUUGGAGAGACGACAACUUGCCGCAGCAGGAGGAGACUCGGAAGAGCAACUGAAGCGACAGCUCGAACUCUCUGCUUACUUUACUGUGCCGAAGCUGGACGUCUCGCAUCGACAGCUGGCUCUUAUGGCUGCGAUGAAGUUGGCAUUCUCGAACAAGCAGUUUUCCAGUGCUCUGUCUUUUGCCAACCGUGUCCUCGCCAAUGGCGGCGCGCCGAAAUUGGUUGAACAGGCAAAGAAAGUAAAACAACAAGCUGAACGAGCCGGCUCGACAGACAAGAUCGACGUUGAAUACGACCAGUUCGCUGACUUCGAGGUGUGCGCAGCUUCGUACACUCCCAUCUAUUCUGGUUCGCAGAGCGUUUCGUGCCCGUUUGAUGGUGCAAAGUACCAGACUCAGUACAAGGGACAGGUUUGCAAGAUCUGCGAGGUCUGCGAGAUUGGUGCUGCGGCCAGCGGAUUGAGAUUAUGGGUGCGAGGCUUGUGAAGGUGUUGAUGAGGGCAUGAUCUGCUGAACGAACGACAUUGGUUUUGUGCGUGGCGUGCGUCGGCUUUAGAUACUUCCAGCAAUUCCCGGACAAAAGGUAGCGCAUGAGCAAACGGUGCCCGCCAAAGGACGCCUUUUCCGCCCGGCCUGGAAUAGGUUGGUCAAAUGUCAAGGGUUAUCAAUGAGUCAAGCUGCCACAUGAGGAAAGCCCCUGGCGAAAGGUCAGCGCUCAGGCCUGUGCAUCCCUCUAAUCAUUUUGUCAAAAAUCAACCCGUGGUGUCUCAGGUUCUGCGGUAGCCUCCCAACAGGUCGUGGAUAAUCGUCUAGAUCGCUCGCAUGCUCCUUCCGU